UCCUCUCUCUCUCUCUACUGCUACCAGGUCGAGCUUGGUCGGGGCCAUUAUAAAAGAGAGAACCCCUCUCUCUGUGCCUUUCUCUCUUUCCACACACUCUCUCUCUAUCUUCAUCGACAGCGAUUGGCCACGAAAAGCUCCACUUUCAUUCAUGGCGGUCUCGAAGGACGCGCGGCGCUCUGAGCUCGGCUGAUGAUGCGAGUUUUUUUUUUUUUCAAGCUAGGGCUUUGAUUUUGCAAAGAAAGUUACUUCCUUUUCUGAUGAGCAGGUUGUUGGAGCUAAAAUUGGGGGUUUAUAAUGGGUUUGUGAUUUGCGAAUUGUAGGGUUUUGGGUUUGGUUUGGUUUGGUUGGUGUGCGUUUGUGUUUUUCGAAUCUGUGGAAUGCAUGUGAGCUUUUUGACUAUGGUGACAUGAUGGUGUGUGGAGCCCUGAUUGAGGAGACGGGGAGUAUUUUGAAGACAAAAAAAAGUUGCAUUUGAACAACAGUUUAGGGCUCAAGAUUAUGACUGAUACUGCAAAGGGUAGUAUUAGCUGAAUUUUUUUAUGUAGUUUAAACUAUUGUUUUUUACUCAAAAUCUACUUAAGAUAUGAAGCUUUCAACAUCAGCACUGGGACAGCAAACUCAUGAAGGGGAGAAGAAAUGUUUGAAUUCUGAGCUAUGGCAUGCGUGUGCUGGUCCUCUGGUGUCCCUACCAACAGUCGGUAGUCGCGUGGUGUACUUCCCUCAGGGUCAUAGUGAGCAGGUUGCAGCCACAACUAACAAAGAAGUUGAUGCCCAUAUGCCCAAUUAUCCCAGCUUGCCACCCCAGUUGAUCUGCCAACUACACAAUGUUACAAUGCAUGCAGAUCUCGAAACAGAUGAAGUAUAUGCUCAAAUGACCUUGCAGCCCUUGACACCGCAAGAGCAAAAGGAUACAUAUGUUCCUGUUGAGCUUGGGAUACCAAGCAAGCAGCCUACAAAUUAUUUCUGCAAGACAUUAACAGCAAGUGACACUAGUACUCAUGGAGGGUUCUCUGUUCCUCGUCGUGCUGCAGAAAAAGUUUUCCCCCCACUGGAUUUCUCUCUGCAGCCACCUGCUCAGGAGCUCAUUGCAAGGGAUCUCCAUGAUGUUGAGUGGAAGUUUAGGCAUAUCUUCAGAGGACAGCCCAAACGACAUCUUCUUACUACAGGGUGGAGCGUGUUUGUUAGUGCCAAGAGACUUGUAGCUGGAGAUUCUGUUCUUUUUAUCUGGAAUGAAAAAAAUCAGCUCCUACUGGGAAUUCGCCGCGCUAUUCGACCGCAAACUGUGAUGCCAUCAUCUGUUUUAUCUAGUGAUAGCAUGCACAUUGGACUACUUGCAGCUGCAGCUCAUGCUGCUGCUACUAAUAGCUGUUUCACUAUUUUUUAUAACCCAAGGGCUAGUCCAUCUGAAUUUGUCAUACCCCUUGCAAAAUAUGUUAAGGCGGUAUACCAUACCCGGGUUUCUGUUGGGAUGCGUUUCCGGAUGCUUUUUGAAACUGAAGAAUCAAGUGUUCGCAGAUACAUGGGUACGAUAACUGGCAUUGGUGACCUCGAUUCUGUUCGUUGGCCAAAUUCUCAUUGGCGAUCUGUCAAGGUUGGCUGGGACGAGUCGACUGCAGGUGAGAGGCAGCCACGGGUAUCGUUAUGGGAAAUUGAGCCUUUGACUACUUUUCCCAUGUAUCCAUCACUCUUUCCUCUCAGGCUGAAACGCCCAUGGUAUCCUGGAGCCUCAUCUUUUCAAGAUAGCAGAGAAGGAGCAGUUAAUGGCAUGACGUGGUUUAGAGGAGAAACUGGAGAGCAGGGACUUCAAUCCAUUAAUUUUCAGAAUGUUGGUAUGUUUCCCUGGACUCAGCAGAGAGUGGAUGCAUCCUUUGUCAGAAAUGACCUUAAUCAGCAGUACCAAGCCAUGUUGGCGGCUGGUUUGCAGAAUAUAGGAGGUGGGGAUUCUCUGAAACAGCAAUAUUUGCAGUUGCAGCAACCUUUCCAAUAUCUUCCUCAUCCGGGCAGCCAAAAUCCAUUGUUGCAUCAACAGCAGCAAGUGAUUCAGCCACCAAAUCCUUUGCAUAUUCUUCAAGCUCAGACUCAAAUGCUACCAGAGAACCUGCCUAGGCAUAUGCAGCAACAAGUCUGCAAUCAACCAGAGGAACAGCGACAGCAACAUACCUAUCAGGAUGCGUUUCUGAUUCAAAGUGACCAGCUCCAGCAUAGGCAGCAGCAGCCUAAUGUUCCAUCUCCUUCAUUUUCAAAAACAGACUUUGCAGAUUCAAACCCUAAAUUUUCGACAUCUGUUGCUCCUUGCAUACAAAAUAUGCUGGGCUCGCUGUGCACUGAAGGAAGUGGCAAUCUUUUCAAUUUCUCGAGAACUGGUCAGUCCAUGCUCAGUGAGCCAUCCCAACAACCAUGGGUGUCGAAGUUUACGCAUUCACAGGUCAAUACUUCUGCCAACUCAGCGUUACUUCCACCAUAUCCUGGGAAAGAGGCUGCUGUCGAGCAGGAAAAUUGUAGCUUGGAUGCUCAGAAUCAUGCUCUUUUUGGUGCUAAUAUCGACUCUGGACUCCUCCUCCCCACCACACUUUCCAAUAUUGGUACUUCUUCAGUUAAUGCUGUUGUGUCCUCAAUGCCAUUAGGGGCUUCUGGGUUUCAGAGUUCUUUGUUUGGUAUGCAAGACUCUUCGGAGUUGUUGCACAAUGCAGCACAAGUUGACCCAUCAACCCCUACCCGUAAUACAUUUGUCAAGGUUUACAAGUCGGGAUCGGUUGGACGGUCACUGGACAUCUCUCGUUUCAGCAGCUACAAUGAGCUGCGAGAGGAGCUGGGUCAGAUGUUUGGAAUUGAGGGGUUGCUGAAAGACCCUCAGAGAUCAGGCUGGCAGCUUGUAUUCGUUGACAGGGAGGACGAUGUGCUUCUCCUUGGAGACGGCCCAUGGGAGGCAUUUGUAAAUAAUGUCUGGUACAUCAAGAUACUUUCACCCGAGGAUGUGCUGAAACUGGGGAAACAAGAAGUUGAAUCCUUUAGCCACAACACUGGCGAAAGGGAUGAAUACCAGUGGGAGUGAUGCUUGAGACCUUGUUUCUGGAAUACCCUGUGUAGGCUUCCAUGACUAUUGAGAACGACUAAUAGUGAAUUGCAAUCUUCCAAAGUCGGUUUGCUUCAAGACUUAUUGCCUUUUGGUUCUAUCUAUGCAGUUAUUCUGGAUUUGGUACUUUUGGAUUGUGCAGCCGCUACGUUUGCCAUGCAUUGGCAUAUAUGAUACUUUGUACAAUCUGUUAAUGCUUAAUGUAGUUAUUUUGAUGAAAGGAUCGGUUCCAUGGAUUAUGUAUAUGCAUAUCAGACUUAGAUUGAAGAAUUAGAUGAUGAGGAACAUGUCUAGCUACUCUAAAAGUUUAGACCUUGAAACUAUGCCAUCAAAUUAUAUUGUGGAUCUGCUGCUAAGUUCCACUGCUCUUUACGACUCCA